AUGGAUGCUAGCUCACUGCUGAAAUGGUCGCGGACCAAUCAUCGUAUGAACGAUUUUGUGAACCACUAUAGAUCCGAAUUCAACAAAAUUCCCAUCGAUCUCUCCAUCGUGUGCAAUAAAGACCAGUCGACCAAAAGCCGAUUGAAUUUCCAAACGUGGGUCAGGGCGAAAAACGACAAGCUGACCAGUUGGGAACACGAACAGACAGUUUUUCAGCCCAACUUCAUGCAAAUCAGCAUCAAGAAGACACUUGGAGGGAGGAGCGGCUUCAAAUAUGUCAUGGCAUUCGAGCUGAAUGAAAACGGCACCCCCUCUGCUCUUGAGGCUCACCCGAUCAGCACCUGGCCCAAAUACAAACUCUUCCUCCAGAAGACCCCGCCGCUGAUUGUUCGUGACUUCUUUGAUGCUCUCGGCUUCUAUCUACCAAAUAUCAUCAAGUACUGCACGCUCAGCAAUCUGAGCCUUCAAUAUUGCAGCCCUGAACUGGUUUCCCAGGUUACUUCCGUGCUAGGAGAGAGCCGCUGCAUGGUCGAUUGUUUCAAAUAUCAAUCAUCGGGGAUCACGCCAAAACGUGGUACUCCCGGAUAUUUGACGAUCAAGAAUCUGUUUUGCCGUCUGCGCGCUCUCCCAUCGCUUCGAUCCUUCAUGAGCCUUCCGACUUUCGGGAUCGACAAUGGACAGACCAAUCAACCGAUAUCAGGGGAUUCCCUUCUGGCUGUGAAGUCUUCGGCUUAUACAAUGGAACUUCGUGUGGAAAUCACGGACGAGGUGCUCAAGGAUCUGAUCAUGGAAUUUUUGCAAUAUCAACGCAACUUUGACGAGAAAGAGGGAUGGAAAGUGCCUAGGGCGUCGACCCGAUUGAGUGCCCUUCCGAUUAUUCCGGACCACCCGACCUUUGUCGUUCGCCUUUGUAAGUGCAAGUGUGGGACCGGGUGGAUGUAUCAGAUCCAGCGUGGAGGGGAUCAGGCCGAUUUGAUGCGCAUCUUUUGGGAUGAAGAUAUGCUUUUGAUCAACGGACCGUUGCUUCAGCUUCAU